UCAAUCCAUAUGAAUCACUGCCAUUAUAUUCGGCUGAAGUGAUUGCCGCAUAUGAACAUCAUAACAUAUUGUCACUACCUCCACACAUCUAUGCAUUAUGUGAAUUUGUUCUACACUGUCUCAAAGAACGUAACACUGAUCAAUGUAUAAUUUGUUCGGGUGUAUCCGGAUCUGGAAAGACAGAAUCUUUCAAGUUGGCAUUAAAUUAUUUUAUCAAUGGUUCAAGUGAACGUUCAGAAUUGAAUCAAAUCAAAACACGAUUCAAUUCGAUUCCAAUUAUUCUUGAAGGUUUGUAUAUUUGAAUCACAAACGCCAUCUAUUGGUAAAAAUGUGUGUUUUUUUAAAUUUUUCAUUGAUUUUCAUUAGCAUUUGGAAAUGCCAAUACUGAAAACAAUAGCAAUUCAACUCGUUUGUUUUAUACACUUGAAGUUGAUUUCGAUUUCUUGGGCGAUCCAUUGGGCGGACAAAUAGACGAUUAUUUUAUUGAAAAAACACGUGUAGCUAAACAUGAAAUUUAUGGCUAUAAUUUUCAUAUAUUUUACCAAUUGAUUGGAGGUGCCGGAUCGAAUCUUUUAAAAUUCCUUAAAUUAAAACGAAACAUUGAAACUUAUCAUCUACUCAAAGAUCGACCAUCGGAUCAACACGUGAACAAUGGUCAAAAUCAUGUUAAUGAAUUCCAAAAGACCAAAUCAACACUACAAGUGCUCGGAUUCACUGCCAACGAAAUUAUUGAAAUUUUACAAGUACUAGCAUUCAUAUUGAAACUUGGAAAUGUUCAAUUUUUACGAAAAGCCAACAUUGACAGUACAGAAGGCUGUACCAUCUUCAAUGAUUAUGAAAUCCAUGAAAUAUGUGAUAUGUUCAAUUUGGAUUCGGCCAUAUUUCUUAAAUCAUUCACACAUAAAAUGGUUAAAGAUCAAUCCGAAGUGUUCAUCACUGAAUUAUCGGCUGAUUCAGCAACUAAAAUUCGAAAUACAUUAUGUAAAGCCCUAUAUUUUCGUUUAUUCACAUGGAUCAUUGAAAAGAUUAAUGAAUCUAUCAAGACUAAACCAUCAUUGAAUCUAACACGAAAUAAUCUGUCUUUGUGUGAUUUUUUUGGUUUCGAAAAUUAUUAUAUUAAUUUUUUCGAACAAUUACUAGUGAAUUAUUUGGAUGAAAAAAUUGUUCAAAUCUUUAUCGAUACUAAUUUUCGUCAAAAACAAGAAGAAUAUCUACGUGAAGAUAUUGGCUGGACUAAAUUGGAUCUUUCAACCAAUGAUCCAAUCUGUCGUUUUAUUGAUCGACCACGAACAGGAAUAUUUUCUAUAUUGAAUAAAGCAUCAUCAAAAUCAAUUUAUUUUCGUGAAGAAAUUUUUAUUAAAGAAUUGAAUGAACAAUGUAGUGAAGAUUUACAUUAUAUACAGAUCAAUAAUCCGGUACAUUUGGAUGAUGAUGGUAAUGGAUAUUUUCUUCAUAGUCUUCCAUUUCGUCGUCGUGUUUCUACCGGUGAUAUUUCAGCUCAAUCCGUUCCUCAGCUUUGUUUUGGUAUUCAUCAUUUCAAUGAAAAUACUGUGUACAGUAUAAAUGGUUUUAUCGAAAAGAAUGCCGAACAUUUAAAUCGAAAUUGGUCACAAUUUUUCUUCAAAUCUAAUCAUCAAAUGUUACAGAAAUUAUUUCCUGAAGGCAAUCCAUUGAAAAAAAGCCUACGAAAACCGAUAACUUUGGCCAAUCAAUUUUCCAUUGCAAUCGAAUCAAUGAUUGCUAAACUAAAUAAUAAAGAAAUCCAUUAUGUAAUGUGCAUUAAACCUAAUCGAUUGAAGAUGCCCAAUAUAUUCGAUGAUGAAUAUGUUUACAAACAAUUGUCUAGUCAUUUCAUUAUUGAACAUGGUGAAUUUUUACGUCGUGGUUAUGUUUAUAGUGAAAAAUAUGGCCCAUUCUUCAAACGUUUUCGAAUACUUUCUCCAAUGACUUGGCCUUAUUGGAAAGGAUCCAUUGUCAAUGGUGUUGUCACGCUUAUUAAACAUAAUACUUCCCUUAAAACAAAUAGCCUAAAUGAUUUUAAUUUUGGUAAAACGAAAAUUUUCAUCAAACAUCUGAAAACGUUUGUUGAACUUGAAGAACUUCGAAUCAUCAAACUAGAUGAGAUAGCAGUGAUUAUACAGAAAAAUGUUCGAAAAUGGUUACAGAAAAGAAAAUAUUAUCGUAUGAUUGUUGGCCAAAUUAAGAUAUCACGAUGUUUCCGAAAUUGGAAGCGUCGACGUUAUUUACUUUGGCUUUAUCGACAUUUGCCUUCACCAUCACCGAUCAAUCAUGAAUGGCCACCUGCACCAAGAUCGAUGCGACAUACAUCUGAAAUGCUCAGAAAAUUGUACCAUAGAUGGAGGUGUCAACGAUAUCGACGUUGUUUCGAUCAAAUCAAUCGAAAUAGAAUGCGUGAAAAAGUCACGGCAAUGAUGUUGUUCAAGAAUCGAAAAGCAUCAUAUUUAAGUUCAGUUUCACAUCCAUUUCGUGGUGAUUAUAUACGUUUAAGGCAAAAUGUUAAAUGGAAACGAUUACUACCAACAUUGGGCGAUGUAUAUGUUGUAUUUGCCGAUCUGGUCAGCAAGAUAACUAAACGAUGUGGAAAGGAACAAUUCAUUCAAAAAGUUGUGGUUAUUACAACUACAUCGUUUAUCGUAUUGGAUGGUAAAACGAUGCAAAUCAAUCAAAAUGUUCGAUUAAAUUCAAUAUAUAAGAUAUCAACCAGUCCGUAUAUGGAUAAUAUACUUGUCAUACACAUUCUAACGGAACAACAACAACAACAACAACAACAGCAACAACAAGUUCUUAAUACUCGAGCAUUGAUAUUUGAAUCCGUACAUUUAAUCGAAUUGAUUACUAAACUAUAUUUGGUCAUACAAAAUAAUGUGACCAAAGGACCUAUUGUAGAAAUAUCACCUGAAUUUCAAAUUUUUACGGGAAAAGAGACAUUAGUUUUGGUAUUUAAAAAUCAUAAUGCAUCAACAUCACAACAACAGCAGCAACUUUUAUCAUCAUCGACAUCAUCGCAAGUGAAAAUUAGCCGAAAAUCAAAUCGAAUGGAAUUUACAAUCUAA